AUGAGUUCUCCUACUAAAGAAGAAAGUGAUCCAGAUGAAAAUGCUCAGAAAAAUUCUGAAAAUGACUCUUCUAAUGACUGUAAUACAGACUUGGAGUCUCCAUCUGCUGAUCCUGAUAUGAUCUAUCAGGCAGUAAUCAACCCAAUAAACAGGGAGCUGGGCACAUCAACCGCCCAGGAAGACGUUGUUCCUCAAGCAGCAGAAAAUAGUGAGCUUGAAACAGAGAUUCAAAAAGAUCCUCAAGAAGAAGACAUCAAAGAUGAGGAGUCUCUUCUACUUCAGAUCCCCAUUCCUAGAAAAUUUGUUUCUCAUGGGCCCUUAAAUGAUAGAUCAGGAUCCCACUCGGGCAAAGUUGAAAUGAAAACAAACAGUUUCCGUCAUAGCACCAUAAAUUACAAAACCCGUUUUCAACUCACAGUUUCAUGGAGAGUCCCAUUUUUUAACAAUCAUGAGAUAAGACGUAUGAUUCUCCGUCUGCUAUGUGGGAGAUAUUUCUCUCAGGCUGCAGGGUGUCAGAAUACCAUGUGGGUAAAGCAAAAAUAUAUAGCUUGUCUUUACCAUCCAAAUAAUUUCACCCAUAGUGACAGAGCCAUAAUAUUUGGAAGGCCUUUGAGGGAGCAGUACUACCAUCCCCUCAUUGAGAGAAUGACAUCUGGAAAAUUUUACAAAUCAACUGACCCUAAAGGGAAAUACAGAUUCCAAAUUGUUGUGAGUCCAGUGCUCUAUAUUUCACGGAUCCAAAUUCAAUGUACUUUUAGUAUAAAGCGUUUUGUGGAUAUUUGUAGAUCUAAUCAUAACUUGAGGGUUAUGCUCAUAAACACCAAUAAUGGUUGGAAAUACUUUUGUCCUAUCUGCAGAAGGACAUUUAACAUUCUCUUUGAACUUAGACAACAUUCCUGCAACUUUCCUGAAAAUUAA